AUGACAGACGCUGUCACCGACGACAGACGCUUGUCACCGACGACAGACGCUGUCACCGACGACAGACGCUGUCACCGACGACAGACGCUUGUCACUGACGACAGACGCUUGUCACCGACGACAGACGCUGUCACCGACGACAGACGCUGUCACCGACGACAGACGCUUACGCUGUCACCGACGACAGACGCUGUCACCGACGACAGACGCUGUCACCGACGACAGACGCUGUCACCGACGACAGACGCUGUCACCGACGACAGACGCUUACGCUUGUCACCGACGACAGACGCUUGUCACCGACGACAGACGCUUGUCACCGACGACAGACGCUUGUCACCGACGACAGACGCUUGUCACCGACGACAGACGCUUGUCACUGACGACAGACGAGACAGACGCUUGUCACCGACGACAGACGCUGUCACCGACGACAGACGCUGUCACCGACGACAGACGCUUGUCACCGACGACAGACGCUUGUCACUGACGACAGACGCUGUCACCGACGACAGACGCUGUCACCGACGACAGACGCUGUCACCGACGACAGACGCUUGUCACCGACGACAGACGCUUGUCACCGACGACAGACGCUUGUCACCGACGACAGACGCUUGUCACCGACGACAGACGCUUGUCACCGACGACAGACGCUGUCACCGAGCGUUCUGGACACGCGUCUAA